CCGCUCCACCGUGACUCGGACGCGGACGCACCCGUCUCGUUUCGCAUCCGCUCGGGCGUCUCUUAAACUGUCCUUCUCCCCGAUCUGUUCGCCUCGCGCGACCCUUUUGAUCCAAUCUAAAAUCCAAGGCCUCCUCUGAUCCAUUGAGCUCCCCGUUCACGCCGCUCCUCGCGGGAUCUUCGAUCGAUGCGAUGGUUGUCUGCAAGUGCCGCAAGGCAACCAGGCUUUAUUGUUUCGUCCACAAGCUUCCUGUUUGCGGUCAAUGCAUUUGUUUCCCAGAACAUCAAAUCUGCGUGGUAAAAAAAUAUUCUGAUUGGGUAGUUGAUGGGGAGUAUAACUGGCCCCCUAUAUGCUCUUUGUGCAAUGCUGCAUUGGAAGCUGGAACCGAUCAAACUACUCGAUUGGGUUGCUUGCAUCUUAUGCACACACAUUGCUUGGUCUCACAUAUUAAAAGUUUCUCACCUCAAACUCCACCUGCAGGAUACUUGUGUCCUGCAUGUUCUUCCCCUAUAUGGCCUCCUAUAAGCAUCAAAGAUACGAGUUCUCUUCUCCACUCAAAACUCAAGGAAGCAAUAAUACAGAGUGGACUCGAGAAAAAUGUAUUUGGAAAUCACCUAGUUUCACUUCCUGCAGUAGAGAAUCGUGUGCCUCCUCCCGCAUUUGCUUCUGACCCACUUGUGCAUGUAUCUGCCGUUGAAGACACAGAAAAAGGUGGAGCAACUUCGGUUGAUCCUGUUGAAGAUUCAAGACCAACAUUAUCUUUGCCAGUGACAGAUGAUAAGUACUCAGAUGAAGUAUAUAACUCUACUAUUGGAGUGGGUUCCUCUAAGCCUAUAGAACCAGAGAUUGUUGAAGUUGAUGGCCCUGAUGCUUUAGGAAACCAAUUCAUGCAAAAUCAAGAUCACCAUCUUGUGAAAAGCACGAGUCUACCUGGUGCUACUACAAGAAAGCCUACUUACCAUGUCGACAGGCAAAUUUCAGAAACAUCAUACUAUGUUGACGAUGAAGAUGGAACAAACAAAAAGUACACACGGCGGGGUCCAGUUGGUCACAAGUUUCUAAGAAUGUUACUACCUUUCUGGUCAAACGCACUGCCUACUCUGCCAGUGACUGCACCACCACGCAAAGAAUCUAAUGCAAAUAGCAUUCCAGAAGGAAGAAUACGACAUCAAAGAUCUUCAAGAAUGGACCCGAGGAAAAUUUUACUUAUCAUGGCAAUCAUGGCAUGUAUGGCAACAAUGGGAAUACUGUACUACAGAUUGGCACAGCGCAGUCUUGGUGAAAACAUACCAGAAGAUGAGGCCCAGUAGGUAAUGUCUUAGUUUCCCAAACGCUGGUCUAUGUGGUGGUCAUAUAUGUAGAAUACCAACUUGUCUUUGAUACUGCCCAUUCCCUUUCUAUGAAUUUUGCGAGGCAUAGCAAACAUUCAAAUGCUGCAGAGUGUGGUUUUAGGCUUUUAGUAUUGACUACGGGUGAUGUUUCAAAAACCAAUUUUCUUUUGAAUCAUUUUUUAUGAAUUCAUCUUUGCAAUUUAUAAUCUU